GAUGCCUGUUUCUAAAGUAUUGAUCUGGGGGGAGAAAAUUGUCGUAUAUCUGUUUUCCGCGCUAUACCAGUCCGCUAGGCCUCUGUCUCUCCUUUGAUUUCUUUUUCUUAUCCCCUUGUUCUCUUCAUGUAUCUUCUUUUCUUUUCCUUUCUUUCCCUUCAUUGCGUCAUUUGCACGCUAUACUAUGCACGCACAUCUUGAUGGUUUGUUUUCUCAAUCUUGGCAAUGGAUGUUGCCCUUUUUGCCGGACCGGGGUCCGCAAGGGUCUUCCGUGUAGUUGAGUCUAUUGCGUUUGUUCUUCAAGCAAGUCUUGUAAUGAUUUUGUGGAGUUUGAUUGGUUAUUCUUUUAUGGGAAGGGCCAUGGAGAUUAAAAGAGAUUUAUUGGGUGGUAGAUUUUAGACUAGGUUUUCCCACGUUGAUUCGUGCUCAUGCAUCCGGCC